AUGUUCAUCGAUUGCCACUGCCACCUGACGUCUGAGCAGUUUCAGGAUGACUUGGAGGAGGUCCUUGCAAGAUCGCGAAGAGCUGGGGUCCAAGGCAUUCUGACAUGCUCGACUUCGCCCUCGGAUAUGCUCCAUGUGGUUCAACUACGGGAAGAACACCCUGAUGAUAUCUAUGCUUGCUUGGGCAUCCACCCUUUGGAUGACAGUUGCGACAUGCGGGCGUGGCAGACUGUGCGAGAGAUGAUCAUUGCGGAGCAUCGGAAGCAUGGACUUGCAGCCCUUGGAGAGAUUGGUUUGGACUUUUCGCGACCGCUUCUGAAGCAGAAAGCAGCAGCCAGAGGUGCGACGGAGGCUGAUGUCCGCAACCGCCAACUCUCUCUUUUCGAGGCUCAACUUGAUUUGGCCAGGGAGCUUGACUUGCCUGUGAACGUGCACUCACGCAAUGCGGAGAAGGAGGUCCUGAACAUCCUCUCCGGUUGCAAAAUUCAGGGGGUGAUGCAUGCUUACAAAGGGCCGGCGGCGUUGGCGCUCCAAGCUGCCAAGUCCGGGCGUUUGUGGUUUUCCUUUCCGCCCUCUCUUGUCUACAAGUGGGAGUACCAGGAAGCUGUGAAAGCCUUGCCCUUGGAGUGCCUUCUUUUGGAAACUGACAGCCCGAGCCUUGCUGCUGCGGGACCCAAGGCGCGAAACGAACCAGGCUUCAUUCGGGCAGCUGCGGAGAAGAUGGCAGAGCUCAAGGGUGUAACGCUUCAGCAGGUGGCUGCAGCAACCACGCGCAAUGCGGUGCAUCUCUUCGGCAAAGCUUCGCCUGGUCUUCAGGCAUGCUGCAUGACGGCGCCGCCCAGCAAUCCGACGGGGAAAACCUCACGAUGGCGCAGGGAUGUCAAGGACAACGAGGGCAAUGUGCCGACAUCAGAUGCUCCUCCUGCACAGACUUUUGCUCCCCAGGACCGCUCAAGUCAGCGCUGGACGCGCAGAAGUCGAGGUGCUGAGACACACACAAUGGAUCCGACUCUUUGCUCCUCUGCUUUCGGAUCCGCGCGUUGUUCUUGA